AUGCAGCCUCCGACUUCACGACUUCCUCCCAUAAAAUCGUUAGAAACCCAGCCACUGGAACAUCUCGAAAAAGCAGUUCGUUACCUUUGGGGGAUAUACAAUCCACCAGUGCGUGGUUCUCGACGAAGAACAGCUCACAAGGAAAAAGACGCUUCUGAUGACCUGCGAACCGAUGAUUUUGAGCGCAGUUACUCGAUGAAAUGGCUAACGGCUUUGGUGUCUCAGUGCGAAUUGGAAAUGGACAGCGAAGAACAUUUGAAUCAAAGUCGCAAAGAAAUCUUGGUAGAGGAGGCGGCCUCUCUUCUCGCAAUAUGUGCUGGAACGGCGUCGGCUGGCGUUGUUACGCGUCGAUUUACUUUCGAUUUAGCCGAUACGUCGACACAGAUCACUGUCGAUUUGACGGAUGUUCCUUUGGACAAUCAGGAUUAUGCAAGUGUGGGCGCUCAAACGUGGGGAGGGGCUUGCAUUAUGGCAGAGAUGAUGGCUGAAGACCCAGACACAUUUUUUCUUCCUUGGUCGCGGCAACCAGCAGGGCGUCUUAGGUAUCUCGAACUUGGUGCAGGUACGGGCCUCGUGAGCCUCAUAGCUUCCAAGAUAUUGCACAGCGUCGAAAGUUUCAAACUAGAAGUCGAUUUGGUCGCAACGGACUAUUACCCCUCGGUGCUCGCCAACCUGGCCCACAACCUCGAUUCAAAUCUGCGCGCUUCGUGCAAAAAACACGUUCGUGUCUCCACACAACACCUGGAUUGGUCUACCUUUUGCGACUCUGCUCCAAAUUCGGUGUUUGAGGAUGGCUUUGAUGUUGUCUACGGAGCUGACAUCGUAUACGAAUCGCAACACGCAAUUUGGAUCAAAUCGUGUCUGGAAAAGCUUCUUCGAAAGCCGACAUCGUCUAAUCCAAACCCAACGUUCCAUCUUAUCAUCCCCUUGCGCGCCACGCAUUCAGCCGAGUCGAACACAAUUGAACAGGUAUUUCCGCCUGAUGGGAAAGGGCUUGUCAUCAAGCAUAAAGAAAUAAUAGUUUGCUACGCAGAUAGCGGCAAAUCAGGGGAGGAAAUCGAAUACGCGUACUUCAGAAUUGGGUGGUAA